AUGGGGCUACAGCAGAGACAGAAGACAGGGUCAGUCGGCUCCGCACAGCCAGCGAAGGGGGGGAGGAGGGAGAGGGGGAGCGCCUGGUCUUUGCUAGCAUCGCAGCGCUGCGGCAGACUUACUGAAGCCAUGGAUGACGGUUUGACAGCGGACUUUCGAUUCGUUGAGAGAGACAGACAGACAGCUCAGGCGGCUUCUCACAGCAGAGACAGCGAGAGCGAGGAGAAGAAGAAGAGAGAGAAAGGAGCGAGGGAGCUUCGGGUUUGGGUUGUUGAUAUUUCUUGA